AUGUUGCUGAGAGGACCUGCCAUGAACAGAAGUUGUAACAGAGAGAAUCCAGAUAUUUUGAUUGUGAUGAUUGCAGAGAAGCAGAUAAUGAGAGGUGGUGAGGAUGACAAAGAGAGGGAAAGAAUGGGCCCUCAAAAGCCUGCAAGAGAAAUGAGUGGCACUGCACCAAAGAAUUACACUGUUCUUCUCCUUUAUAUUGUUGAUUUGGUCCAUACUGGUCCCUCCUCCAACUGUAAAAAUGUUGAUCCAUGCUCUCCUCUCUUGCAUAGUUUCAUAGGCAUGAAAGUAUUUCACUUGUAUACAACUAAGCUAGACCCAUUUGAGGAUGUGGUGACUACUACUAAACAGGCCCGAAGUCAUAGAUAUCUGAACGAAAUUGUACAUGCUGGUCUUCUUUCACCUGUUUUAAUGGCUGAUCAUUACUUCAUUCAAACUGUGUAG